AUGGCUACCAUAUGGCUGGGAAUUGCUACGAGGUCAUCUUCAACCAUGGAAAUUAAUGCUAUGGACAGUCACAUGGCUGCGGUCCUCUUAAGAGGUCCUGAUCUCAUCAAUGUCUCUCCACCUCUGAGUGAAGAUGUCUCUCCACCUCUGAGUGAAGAUGUCUCUCCACCUCUGAGUGAAGAUGUCUCUCCACCUCUGAGUGAAGAUGUCUCUCCACCUCUGAGUGAAGAUGUCUCUCCACCUCUGAGUGAAGAUGUCUCUCCACCUCUGAGUGAAGAUGUCUCUCCACCUCUGAGUGAAGAUGUCUCUCCACCUCUGAGUGAAGAUGUCUCUCCACCUCUGGGUGAAGAUGUCUCUCCACCUCUGAGUGAAGAUGUCUCUCCACCUCUGAGUGAAGAUGUCUCUCCACCUCUGAGUGAAGAUGUCUCUCCACCUCUGGGUGAAGAUGUCUCUCCACCUCUGAGUGAAGAUGUCUCUCCACCUCUGAGUGAAGAUGUCUCUCCACCUCUGAGUGAAGAUGUCUCUCCACCUCUGAGUGAAGAUGUCUCUCCACCUCUGAAUGUCUCUCCACCUCUGAGUGAAGAUGUCUCUCCACCUCUGAGUGAAGAUGUCUCUCCACCUCUGAGUGAAGAUGUCUCUCCACCUCUGAGUGAAGAUGUCUCUCCACCUCUGAGUGAAGAUGUCUCUCCACCUCUGGGUGAAGAUGUCUCUCCACCUCUGAGUGAAGAUGUCUCUCCACCUCUGAGUGAAGAUGUCUCUCCACCUCUGAGUGAAGAUGUCUCUCCACCUCUGGGUGAAGAUGUCUCUCCACCUCUGGGUGAAGAUGUCUCUCCACCUCUGAGUGAAGAUGUCUCUCCACCUCUGAGUGAAGAUGUCUCUCCACCUCUGAGUGAAGAUGUCUCUCCACCUCUGAGUGAAGAUGUCUCUCCACCUCUGAGUGAAGAUGUCUCUCCACCUCUGAGUGAAGAUGUCUCUCCACCUCUGAGUGAAGAUGUCUCUCCACCUCUGAGUGAAGAUGUCUCUCCACCUCUGGGUGAAGAUGUCUCUCCACCUCUGAGUGAAGAUGUCUCUCCACCUCUGAGUGAAGAUGUCUCUCCACCUCUGAGUGAAGAUGUCUCUCCACCUCUGAAUGUCUCUCCACCUCUGAGUGAAGAUGUCUCUCCACCUCUGAGUGAAGAUGUCUCUCCACCUCUGAGUGAAGAUGUCUCUCCACCUCUGAGUGAAGAUGUCUCUCCACCUCUGAGUGAAGAUGUCUCUCCACCUCUGAGUAAAGAUGUCUCUCCACCUCUGAGUGAAGAUGUCUCUCCACCUCUGAGUGAAGAUGUCUCUCCACCUCUAAGUGAAGAUGUCUCUCCACCUCUGAGUGAAGAUGUCUCUCCACCUCUGAGUGAAGAUGUCUCUCCACCUCUGAGUGAAGAUGUCUCUCCACCUCUGAGUGAAGAUGUCUCUCCACCUCUGAGUGAAGAUGUCUCUCCACCUCUGAGUUAA